AUGUUCAAGGAGGAUAUUAAUGCUAUGCACGAAAACGGUGCUACAGUUUAUUUGAAGCUUCAGCGUACGAGUAACACUAUUUGGCCCUCUAUACGGGCUAUGGAUAAAAAAUCUUCUCGAGCUCUAAUGCUCAUACUUACCACUUUCACAUAUCUGCUUCUUGGUGCUGCCGUAUUUGAUGUACUCGAAAGCGAAACGGAAAGAUACGUUCGCGAAGAAAUCGCCUUUGUACAGGAAAAGCUUCAAGCAAAGUACAAUUUUUCCGUUAGAGACAUGCAACUUUUCGAAUCCGUAGCUGUUAAGAGCAUUCCCCAUAAGGCUGGCUUCCAAUGGCAAUUCACAGGAGCAUUCUACUUCGCAAUAGUUGUGAUUACUACUGUAGGAUACGGUCAUUCGGCCCCCGAAACAACAGCCGGACGAUUUUUCUGUAUGGUGUUCGCCCUGGCUGGCAUUCCACUAGGCCUUAUUAUGUUCCAGUCAAUUGGUGAACGUGUCAAUACAUUCAUAGCCUUCUGCCUCCAUCAGUUGCAGCUCAAUCUACAAAAACGGGGAUACACUUGGAUGCGAGAAGUUGCAACAAAACAUCUUCUUCUAGUCUCGCUUUCCAUAGGAACAAGCAUAAUCAUAAUUGGUACGGUAGUUUUCCACAGGGAAGAGCGCUGGACACUUUUUGAUGCCUACUACUACUGCUUCAUAACACUAUCCACCAUCGGUUUCGGUGAUUUGGUACCGCUGCAGCAAGGAUCAGCUCUUCAGCUCCGCCCUUUCUACGUUGUCUUCACGUUGUUAUUCGUGGUCCUCGGGCUGGCUGUUUUCUCUGCUUGUGUAAACUUACUCGUUUUAGGGUUUAUGGCUCCUAAUGCUGAUGUUGUAACAGCAGCAAUCAGAGAACCCCAGAGCGCUAUCGUGUUUGAACGUUUCGCCAGCAUGCAUAAUGCGAAUCAGACGCGAGUCUCCUUCUCAGGACUUACCAAGAGAUCCAAGCAGUUUCUUAUUCAUGAGACAACGUUGGAGAAAAUGAGGAAUUACGGUUCCGCCAUGAAGAUCUGCAAGAUAUGCCACCAGCCGAGAAGAAAGCGGAUUGGCUAUUCCGUACAACGUCCACCAACUGAGAACAUUGAACAUCUUUUGUAUUUCAAUCUUGACUGA